GUGCUCCAGUUCUCACAGGUCCUCUGACUAGUGCAGUGGUCGUCGAGGACCUGGCCCUCUCACAACUCCGGGAGACGACGGCUCUCUGAGCACGUCCGAGAGACGACGGCUCUCUGAGCACGUCCGAGAGACGACGGCUCUGAGCACGUCCGGGAGACGACGUGUCUCUGAGCACGUCCAGGAGACAAAGCCUGAAAAAUUCAGAACCAGAGUGUGACUUUUAAUCAUCCUAAAGUCGUUGUCUACAUCUGUAUAACUUUUGAGUGCAAUUUAAUGUGUGAACGCAGUGAACUUAUGAUCUAAUAUAUCCCGUAAGAUAAUGUUUGUCUUGGAACAAGUAGAGUGUCAGGGAGCGGUUAGCGUGGGAGAGAAGUGUUACAGGUAGCACGCCCCACGACGACUGGAUCUCCAUGACACUGAGACGCUUCCUACGAGGUGUGGUGUUGGUGGCGGUGUUGGUGGCCGGCGCCGGCUGGGUCCUCCUCUCCAGCCUGACUUCUGUCCUCCUGCAUCCAUCUCUGUGCCGUCAUCAGUCCGCUUUCUACAACGUCACAGAGCUAAAAGGUAUCAACGGCAGUGUUGUGGCUGCUGGACGGUGUCUGCCUCAGCCUCGCUACUUUCCCCUCAUUCCAGACAACCAGAACGAUUGUACGUUGCCUUACGUUACGAUAAACAGAGGUGGGCGAAUAGGCAACGAGAUCUGCCAGUACAUGUCGCUAGCUGUUUUGAGAGUGAUGUUCGGUGUGAGGGCCUCCAUCCACCAAGAGAUGCACAAGUACAUCAGUCAGUUCUUCUCCCGGCUGACGCUUCCCGUUGAGGACCACGCCUGCUUCCUCAAUUACUCCAGACAAAUUCACUUCGAUGACCUCUACCGAACUCUUGUGGCGAACGACAGCCCCAGCGGCCCCGCGCUGCCGGGUCCGCGCAUGCCCCGCCCCUACCCGAUCAACGAGUCCCUCUACAUCUACAACAAUCCUUGUCCCCCGGAUCUCUUGCUCCCGUUCAGAGAGCAGUUUCGACAAGAGUUUACUUUCGGGAGUGACAUUGUAGGGAAGGCCAGAGCCCGCGUUGACGCAGCCAUCAACAGCCUAGGUUAUCUUGCCAACGAAACUGUUACCAAAAUCACAGUCCAUGUUCGUAGGAAAGAUUAUAUCACGUUUCUUAAGGAGAAAUUCAGCCUAGAACCGGCACAGACAUCUUAUUUUCAGCGAGCAUUUGAUUUCUUCAGGGAAAGGGUACCGGAGCCUGUCUUCCUGGUGACAAGUGACGAUCCCAAGUGGUGCCUCGAGAACCUCAAGCACCAAGAUGUUGUCUACGUUGGUUCCAACGAGUCUGUGGUGGACCUGGCCCUCCUCACCCUGGGCGACCACCACGUCAUGACGGACGGCACCUUCGGCUACGUCGGCGCCUUCCUCAGCAGGGGAAUCAUCGUUUACCCUCAAUCUGAAAAUAGUUGGCCCUUCUUCCGCUGCAUCAACUCUACCAUCUACCAACCGAUCUCUAGAGAUUAGUGGGAGUAGCUAGACCAUCUACCACCAGGGGUUAAUGAUGGAGGCCUGGUCAAGGACCAGGCUGCGGGGACGCUAAGCUCCGAAAUCAUCUCAAGAUAACCUCAAGACAUGUGACGCUGUCUCAACGUGGUCUCUCUUCCAGUUACUGGUCAGACCCAGCUAUGCUUAACCUACCUGAGGGAGAGGCCCGCGUGUCAUGUACAGCACCCCAAUCUACCUGUUGCUGUGUGCUCUCUUGAAAUAUCAGUAAAGUAAUGUAAAAAGUUUAAUUUGACCCUUUGCAUACGCAGGUUUUCACGAUGAAGGGAAAUUUGUCAAAACUAACUAACUGUGAAUGUAAGCCAGGCGUGAACUUGCAGACCAGGAGAGUAAAAGGCAUUACACCUUGAGCACGGCCCUCCAGGCCAUGUUACAAAAAAUGGAGAUUGCUAGUAGCAAAAUCAGUCCCAUGACCCUCUGAAUGGCUAGUACAAACGGAGACUUAAAUGAGUGUUAUUAUGUAUUCUGUGAUUAAGUGCCUCUUGAAAUUACCUCACGACCUAAGGUCAGACACUUGCUACUGAGGUUAAGUAGUACUCUAGAAAAUCCGAAGAAUCGAUGUCCAUGUCUGCCGCAGAGGCAAGUGGUGGUGAGUGGAAUAAGGUGCUCAGGGAGCGGCAGCAGGACGGAGGGUAUACUAGCCGAAGGUUGAAUGACACCCCAUGUACGGUGUGGCUAUGCGUGAUCACAGGACCACGGGGAUAUAAAUUUAAGAGAGUGAGUUGUGUGUGUGUGGUGUACGAAGUUAUUUACUUUGUCGGCAGCUGGACAGUGGUAACGGCAGGGAGACAGGAGCAUACUUGACAGCAUUAAUACAACAUUAAUUCUGAAACACUUGCGGUGUACAGGAGUAAUUCUGAAACACUUGUUGUGUACAGGAGUAACGUUAUUUGUAAUUCCUGUUAUGAAACUCUUGAUGUCCAAUUUGAAAGUGGGGUUUUCAACUGACUGAAGACUUAACUUUGGAUGAAGAAUAUUACUCUGUCUUGGCUUCUUAGUUACAAUUUGAAUUUUCAUUUUCUUCAACAAAACCUGCUAUCUGAAAAGAUAUCAGAUAUCACAUCUGAGAAGUGACAUCUACAUUAGCAGUGCCAUCCAUCAUCAUACUAUUAUGCAAGAAGAGUCACACAUCUUUGGAUCAUCCAAUAAACUCAGCACUCCUAGAUGUUACUACUGCUCGACUUAGACUCGGUUAUAAUUAUCUCUGUGAGUUUGCAUUAGCUCUUGAUGUAGACCUGACAAAAUGUAAACUCUAUCAAAAACAUUUUCGUACACACUCCGUCACUGUGUGCUGGAGUCUGAAACGAUACGUGAAUUUAGAAACAACUCUAUAAUAAAUGUUCAAGAAAUG